UUUAAAUCUAAAAAAUAUAUCAGCUGACUAGUUUUGACAGUUCUGUAUAAACAUAACUUAUAAGCUAGUGAAAAUACUGCCUAAUUUAAAAUUCAAUAAUUUAUUAUUAACAAUGGAAUGCAUGGAGAAAAGUCAUCAAAUGAAUGCAAUCAAAUCUAAGUGCAAUAAUAAAAUGGACAUUAACAAGGAGGAUAAGUCACUUGAAAUGAAUUUGGAUAUACUACAUAGUACAAAAAUGGAUACCACACCUUAUCAAGAUGAUGCAGACAAGAAAAUUGUACUUCUUAAACAUUUACUUGAAAAGGAUCCAAAAGCUGCAGAUUUAAAGUGGUCACUAUUUGUAGCAGCAUGUAAUACAUAUCGUUGUGAUACUUGUUUACGACCAUUUCCACCUAUGUAUGUAAAAAAUGAAUGCAAGGAUAUCGAAGCUUUGAGAAAGACCGUAGAACUGAUACCUCCAUUGGCAGUAAUAUUAAGAGAACUUCAUGAGCCAAAUGUAUAUGCUAAUUAUGGACCAGCAAUAGACUUGUUACAUUGGGUGCUAAUAAGAUUAAGAGAUCCUUAUAUUAAAAGUAUAAGUAAGGAUAAUUAUGAUUCUGUAUUAAAAAAAAUACCUUCAGAAAUGCAAGUUGCACCACCAAAUUUAAUAUUUCAAGUAGCAAGUGCAAAGCAAUCAACUGCAGAGGAAAAAUGGAAAUCUAAUGGACAAGGUUAUUCCACGUUAUAUGCUUAUCAUGGCAGUCGUUUAGAAAAUUUUCAUUCCAUUUUGCACUAUGGUUUACAACAGAACAUGUGUAAGAAAUCAUUGUAUGGAAAAGGAAUAUAUCUUUCAAGUGAAUUAGGAGUAAGUUUACCAUAUAGUCCUGUUGGCUAUGGAUGGGGUGGUAGUGUUCUAGGUAGUGAAUUGAGUUGUGUUGCUCUAUGUGAACUUAUUAAUCAUCCUGCCAUAAAAAAACAUAAUCCAAAAGCUAGAAUACAAAAUACAUCAUCUGAAUCAGUUCCAAAUAAAUAUUAUUUAGUUACCAAUAGUGAUUUGGUAAGAAUUCGUUAUCUUCUUGUAUAUAGUCAAGAAGUUCAACCAACGAGGAAUGAUGAAAGCUCGGGACUAUUGGAGUGGUUUAGGCAGCAUAAAUUGUUAACUUUUAUGCUUGGAUAUGUCAUAUUAUUAGCUUCAGUUGGACUGACGCAUAAUAAACAAGUAGAAAAAUAUUAUAGAUUGCUUGUCCAAAAAACUGGACUUGAUUAAAACAAGAUAAAAACUUGAAUAAAAUUUAAUAAUCUAAAAUAAUCUAAACUCUAAUGAAUACACAUUGUUACUUAUAAAAAGCUGAUGUUGUUGUUUGGGCAUAAAAAAUAUCUUUUAAUUUACACUUUUAAAUAUAGAAAAAAUUUCUAUCGCAUAUUAACUAUAAUUACUUCUUAUAC